GCGGCCCCGGAGCCGCCCCGAGGGCCGCGGCGCGCUGCUUCCUGGGGGUCUCCACCCCCGCCCUCCCGACGGCCCCCCUCUCAAAUAGAAGGGCCCAGAGCCUGGCGCCCCCGCAGCGUGCAGGCCGAGCGAGCGGGGCUUCCCAACGGGCCCAGGGGCGCAGGAACUUGCCCCUUGUGCGACCCCCAGGAUGGUGUGGUGGUGAAAUGGAGGGGGGUGUCGAGCUGCGCGCCCCACGUGGAGAGGUGGGGCGCCAUCCUGCGGCGCCGAGAGAUGGGAAACUCUUGUCUAGUGAUGUGACUCAUUAUAUGAUCCCAGAUUGGAAAGUUGUUCAAGAUUACCUGGAGAUCCUUGAGUUCCCAGAGUUGAAGGGAAUUAUUUUCAUGCAGACGGCUUGUCAAACGUUGCAGCAUCAAAGAGGCCGCAGACAGUAUAACAAAUUGCGACAUCUCUUGAAGGAUGCGCGUCAUGACUGCGUUCUCUUUGCUAAUGAGUUCCAGCAGCAGUGCUAUCACCCUCGAGAGAGAGGAGAAUCCAUGGAGAAGUGGCAGACCAGGAGCAUAUACCGCGCCGCCGUGUGGUACUAUCACCACUGCCAGGAUAAGAUGCCCAUCGUCAUGGUGACAGAAGACGAAGAGGCAGUCCAGCAGUACGGAAGUGAAACAGAAGGAGUGUUUGUGAUUUCCUUCAAGAAUUACCUGGACAAUUUUUGGCCUGACUUAAAGGCCGCCCACGAGCUCUGUGACUCUAUCCUUCAGUCUCGACGGGAAAGAGAGAAUGAGAGUCAGGAGAGCCACGGGAAGGAGUACACAGAACACCUUCCCCUGGAAGUGUUAGAAGCCGGCAUUAAAUCUGGACGCUACAUCCAGGGAGUCCUGAAUGUCAACAAACACAGGGCACAAAUAGAAGCUUUCGUUCGACUUCAAGGAGCCAGCUGUAAAGAUUCAGGUUUAGUCAGUGACAUCCUUGUCCACGGGAUGAAGGCUCGAAAUCGCUCGAUUCAUGGAGAUGUGGUAGUUGUGGAACUCCUGCCUAAAAAUGAAUGGAAAGGAAGAACGGCUGCCCUAUGUGAGAAUGACAGUGAUGACAAGGCCUUGGGAGACCCCCCGAGUGAACCCAUGCCCACAGGCAAAGUGGUGGGCAUCCUUCAGAAGAACUGGCGGGAUUACGUGGUGACAUUUCCAUCCAAAGAAGAGGUCCAGUCUCAGGGCAAAAAUGCUCAGAAAAUCCUAGUUACACCUUGGGAUAACAGAAUUCCCAAAAUCCGCAUCAGCACUCAGCAGACGGAAGCGCUCCAGGACUUCCGGGUGGUUGUGCGCAUCGAUUCCUGGGAGUCGACAUCCCUAUACCCAAAUGGACAUUUUGUGCGUGUUUUAGGCAGAAUCGGGGACCUGGAAGGGGAAAUUGCGACCAUCCUGGUGGAAAACAGCAUUUCGGUUGUCCCUUUCUCCGAAGCUCAGAUGUGUGAAAUGCCAGUCAACACACCAGAAAAUCCCUGGAAAGUGAGUCCAGAAGAGGAACGGGAACGGAAAGACUUGAGGGAAACCCAUCUCGUGUUCAGCAUUGACCCAAAAGGCUGUGAAGAUGUGGACGACACGCUCUCAGUCAGAACCUUAGCUAACGGCAACUUGGAACUCGGGGUCCACAUUGCAGACGUAACGCACUUUGUGCCACCAAAUUCUUACAUCGACAUCGAAGCUAGGACAAGGGCCAUCACUUACUAUUUAGCGGACCGUCGCUAUGACAUGCUGCCCUCCAUCCUCAGUGCUGAUCUGUGCUCCCUUCUGGGAGGCGUUGAUAGGUAUGCCGUAAGUGUCAUAUGGGAAUUGGAUAAAACCUCCUAUGAAAUUAAGACAGUGUGGUACGGCAGAACCAUUAUUCGAUCAGCAUACAAACUGUUUUAUGAAGCAGCCCAGGAACUGCUGGACGGAAACUUCCACAUUGUUGAUGAUAUUCCAGAAUUCAGAGACUUGGAUGAGAAGAGCAGACAAGCCAAGCUAGAGGAGUUGGUGUGGGCCAUUGGAAAGUUGACUGAAAUAGCGCGCCACAUCCGGGCUAAGCGAGACCGUUGCGGGGCCCUGGAAUUAGAGGGGGUAGAGAUUCGUGUUCAGCUGGAUGAAAAAAAGAACAUCCAUGACCUCAUCCCCAGGCAGCCCCUGGAAGUCCACGAGACGGUGGCUGAAUGCAUGAUCUUGGCCAACCACUGGGUAGCCAAGAAGAUCUGGGAGAGUUUCCCUCAUCAGGCCUUGUUGCGCCAACACCCUCCUCCACAGCAGGAGUUUUUUUCUGAACUGCGAGAAUGUGCUAAAGCAAAAGGCUUCUUCAUAGAUACACGGUCCAAUAAAACACUGGCUGAUUCUCUGGAUAAUGCGAAUGACCCCAACGAUCCCAUCGUAAACAGACUGCUGCGAUCCAUGGCCACGCAGGCCAUGUCUAACGCACUGUAUUUCUCUACUGGGUCGUGUGCGGAGGAAGAGUUCCAUCAUUAUGGCCUUGCAUUAGAUAAAUAUACUCACUUUACAUCUCCGAUAAGAAGAUACUCAGAUAUCGUAGUACACCGAUUGCUGAUGGCAGCCAUUUCAAAAGAUAAGAAAAUGGAAAUUAAGGACAAUUUGCUCAGCAGCAAAGAUCUUGAGGAAUUAUGCAGACAUAUCAACAACAGAAACCGAGCAGCCCAGCAUUCUCAGAAGCAAUCUAUGGAGCUCUUCCAGUGCAUGUAUUUUAAAGACAAAGACCCAGAGAAUGAGGCACGUUGCAUAUCUGAUGGGGUUAUAUAUUCAAUUAGAACAAAUGGCGUACUCGUAUUUAUACCAAGGUUUGGAAUUAAAGGUGCCGCUUAUCUAAGAAAUAAAGAUGGUUUGGUGAUCUCGUGUGGCUCAGACAGCCGUUCUGAAUGGAAACCAGGAUCUCUUCAACGAUUUCAAAACAAAAUCACCUCUACCACAACAGGCGGGGAGUCUGUUACGUUCCAUUUGUUUGACCAUGUAACAGUGAGAAUAUCCGCACAGGCCUCCCGUUGCCAUUCUGAUACAAUCAGGCUUGAAAUAAUAAGCAAUAAACCAUACCUGAUACCUGAUAAAGAACUUUUUCAUCAGAGUUCCCUCUUGUUAAAGAGUGAUUUAGUGAAGGAAGUAACUAGAUCUGUGGAGGAGGCUCAGCUUGCUCAAGAAGUCAAAGUAAACGUCAUUCAGGAAGAUUAUCAGAAAUACUGUCAAACAAAGGGAAGAAGCCUAUACACACUCCUGGAGGAGAUAAGGGACCUAGCUCUCCUGGAUGUGUCCAACAGUUAUGGAAUGUGAAAUACUUUUUGCUUCAUUAAAAGAACUGUUUUGUGAA